AUGGAUGAACUACUCGCCACCCCCCCAAGUCGAGAGGAAUCCCGCAGCUACUAUAGAGGGCUUCCAGGUAUUCCACGUCUGGUUGCGCGAUCUACCACGACUCCAUGGGACGGUCCAUUUAGUGAAUUUGAUGAAUACGGACGAAUACUUGACCCUGUCGAAAAGCACGCUGUUGUUACCCUAUGGAAUGACUCUACAGGUCCACUGCGUCACGAGAUUCUUGAAGCCGUGGCGGAUAUCGACUGGAACGCAAUCGACAUCCUCCGUUGCAGUUCAACACAUUUCAAAGAUCGUGACCUUGUUCGACCGGUCAUCCUUUUCGUAUCGGUAGAGCCCAAAUCAACAACGUGGUUAAACGGAAGAGCCGUGGCCCUCAAAUGCCGUGACAUUCUGCGAGAGCACGGUAUCAACGACGUUGAAGUCGAAAUCAAGGAGUCCAGAAUCACGCAGUGCUGCUCGAGUGAUCAGGAUCAAAUAGAAAGUGAACCGUCAACAGCAAAACUCAGUCCGCACAUUCCGACCCUCCAAGAAGAGGGCCACAGAAGGGAUAGUAUUCAGGUCUCUGAGUUCCUGGGUACCAAGGUCGCCCCCUCUCGAGAUCCAUCACGUGAAGGCACCAAAGGUCUUUACCUCAGAAUCCGGAAUACCGAAACUGUGGUUGCUUUGACCUGCCGACAUGUCGUCGUCGAACCGGAGGAAGAGAACAUUGACGUUUGUCACGACCCUCAUAACAGUCGAGGUAUUGUUCAGCCUGGAAACAAGACGUAUCAAGACACGCCAGAGUUCCUCCGUGACCAAAUCAGACGUACCAAAACGGCGAUCGACCUUCGCGAGUCCUCCACACCAGUCCCCGACAAAGAGAUCGAAUACCUUCGUGACUAUAAGGUCGAACUAGAGGGUAGCCUAAAGCGGCUUGAGUCUUUCGAGUCAAUGGAAUCACGAACUAUCGGCCACGUCCUUUUUUCACCAAAACUCGGGUUAAGCAGUUCUUCGCCGGCCCAUUUCCGUGACUGGGCUUUGAUAGAGCUGGAUCAGAAGAAGCACCAGACGCCGUUGAAGAAGUUGACAAAUAAGGUACCCGAGAUGCGUCGCGCAAUUGGUCGGUACCAAUUCAUGCUAUGGGAGUAUGUAAUCCCAGGACGAAAGCGAAUGCAUUUCUCCCUCGCCGGGUGUGAUACAUUCACGCAGACUGGUGUGAUGCCAGAAGCUGAAAUGAGAUGCCCUGACUUUGAGUUCGUAGUGACAGGAAAGACUGCUGUUGAUGAGGAAUUCAUGCGAGUAUGCAUGUAUGGUAGCGCUAGCGGAGUAAGCCACGGUGUCACCAACACAGCCAGGUCUGUUGUCCGAAGAUUUGUUGGUGGGGUCCCGAUGGUUUCCGAAGAAUGGUGUAUUUUGGGUCCUAUUCAACAUGAGAAGAGGAAGCAUUUCUCUAAGCAGGGAGAUUCGGGUGCCAGUAUCAUGGCAGACGAUGGCCGUGUCGUGGCAAUUCUGACCUGUGGUGGCAGUGGUGCCCUGGGAUGUAACCGAGGAAUCCAUGAUGUCUCGUAUGCAACACCUAUCGAGUGGCUAUUGGAGGAUAUUAGAGGACAUGGAUAUGAUGUGGAGUGGAUGGGCAAAGAAUUCGAUCUGGACUAUCUCCAUUUCCGUCUAUAA